AUGCGGGUGUGGGAUUGUGACACCUACAAAAGUCUAGGUCCGAAUAAGGCACAUUUUGGAUCUGUGAAAGAGUUUUGGGAGAACAUAAAAGGUGACUUUAUGAGAUUUAUAAGUGAUUUUCAUGUGAAUGAGAGGUUGCCGAAUCUCAAUCGACGUUUGUUAAAGGUAGACAAAUUUUGGACGGGAUCUAAAUUGCAAAUAAAGUGGUCUAUGAGGCAAAAAAAGAAGAAAAAAGAGUUAAUUUUGUUCAAAGUGGACUUCGAGAAGGGAUAUGACUCAGUUGAGUGGGAUUACCUAGAGCUUGUGAUGGCAAAGAAGGGUUUUCUAGAGAAAUGGCGUAAAUGGAUUUUGGAAUGUGUUGGUUCACUAUUAAUUUCUGUGCUAGUGAAUGGGAGCCCUGUAGAAGAGUUUGCUAUGCAGAGGUUCAUGGCUUCAAACUACGGCAUAAAUGCUUAUAGUAUGUUGGCAGGUGUUAAUGUUAAUUGUCCCAUUCAAAUAUUUGGGGUUGCUUAUCGGUGA